GAAAUAUUUCCUAGGUGGAUUGAUCCCAUUUCCCAAUACACAAAAGAAUGGAAAUAAAUAAAAGAAAAAUAAAUAAAUCAGGUGGCUCUGUUAAUAUUCUUCUCCUUUUUCUCUUUCUUAUUCUGCAAAUUCUUGUUCGGAUUCAGAAAUUCUUAUUUAUUUUUUUUUUGCUGGCUUUUUUUGUCUGUCACUAGAAUACCCAUAACCCAAUUUCCCUUUUUCUUUUUGCAAAAUUCUUGAAUUUUCAUUUUUUUUAUAUUUAUUUUGUGUCAUUCAAAAAGAGAAUCAUUUCAUUCUGUUUCUGUCUUCUCUUCUCUGCCCUUAACUUCUCUCCUUUUGCAUCUUUUUCAACAUCACCACCAUUCACCAUUGCCAUUCUCCUUGCUCUGUUUUUCUUUUCCUUUUUAUUUUUUUUUUUCCUUUUUGUUCAGAAUUUUUCCUCCCUUUCUCUCAUUCUGUUUUGAACUGUUCAUCAACUCUGAUUUGUUUCUUUGUUCCAAUAUUUGAUUUUGGAGGCAGCUCAAAAAACUGUAACUUUCUUCCUCUUUGAAUCAUUCAUUCUACAGAUGAAGAAGUUUAUACUGAAACUGGUUCUGCUCGAUGAUAAAGAUAAGCGUAAGGCAAUGAAGAUUGUCUCUGCCCUUCAAGGUAACUGUCCUUAUAUUCAGGUGACAAAUUAAGUAUAGUUAGAAAUGUUUUGUGGACCUGUAGGCUGUAGAAAUGAAUCAUUUGUGCAGGUUUUGAUAAUUUUGUUUUACUUUUAGUGGGUUUAAAGUUCGGAAAAAAAACUAAUGUCUAAACAGAGCAGGCUCUGCUAGUUAUUAAAGACGGAGAAUAGAAGUUCAAUGAUUUCUAGCAGCUUUUUGGUUUUCGAAAUCUCAAAUUGUUGAGUAAUUACAUUGGCCAAUUAACAAAAUUUAGGUAUUUGUUAGAUGUUAAACCUAUUCUUGAUAAAUUAAACCUUGAUUUAACAUGAGUGGGGUAUAUUUUGCUUUGCUGCUGCGGAAUUGAUAUGUUUGCUGAGAUUAACUAGUCAUCAAGAUUGAUUAUUGGGCGCAUAGGUUGAUGCUAGCAAAACAAGUAAUCCACGAUGUUUGAAGAAAAUACAAUAUAAAGUUCGUUGGUUGGAGCUGAUUUACUGACUAGUUACCAUCCUAGAUGAACAUAUAAUUUCAGAGAAUCGGGGCCUGCAUAAAUAAUUUGGUGUUGAACAAAUAACUUGUAUGAUCACUGAUCGUAAAGGCUUUCUUUUAGCCAUGGUGGCACUUCAUUUUGUCAUCCUAAAGAAACUGGAACAAUUGUAUAUUUCUCUGUGUCCAAAUAAUAAAUAAUCUUGUAUGGUGUGGCAUUUUAUUUGGCAGGGAUUGAUGAGAUAUCUAUUGACAUGAAGGGGCAGAAACUGACAAUAAUCGGGACGGUUGACCCCGUAAGCGUCGUGAGCAAAUUGCGUAAAUUCUGGUCGACAGACAUUAUCUCAGUAGGUCCAGCGAAAGAGCCCGAGAAGAAGGAGGAGCCGAAGAAAGAAGAACCUAAGAAGGAGGAAGCGAAGAAGGAAGAACCGGCGAAAGAGGAGCCGAAGAAAGAAGAGGCGAAGAAGGAAGGAGAAGAGCCGAAAAAGGAAGAACCUAAGAAAGAGGAAGAAAAGAAACCUCCGCCACCUAUACUCGAACCGAUUAUUGGCACGGUAAUGCCUUAUCGACCAUAUUACCCUCCAAUGCAGACUUAUUAUUAUGCUAAUCACAGCAUGGAGGAGAAUCCUAAUGCGUGCGUUAUAUGCUGAAUUUGGCGCAAAAGCUUGUAUUCGGGGAGAUGCGAGUGAACUCAGGCAACAGCUUAUGAACAGGGCUGUUCAAAUUGUAUAGGAUUCAAUGCCACAUUGAUCUAUCUGUUCAUCAAGAUAAAAGAUAUCUGUAAAGAUGCAUGGUUAAAAUAAGAAAAAUUUUGGCCUAGUGAUAUUGAAAGCGAGGAAUUUGCAUAUACUGUUAUAGAUAAGUGCUUCAUUUCUGAGCAUGUGUAAAUUCAGGAAAUUCUGCUGGGAAAAUCUUCUCAUUGGAUCAUGAUCAGGUAUCAGAAAUUGUUGAAAGGUUGGUAUCAACCCACUGUUUGCAUCACUUUUACGUAACCACAUUUCUUUUUGUACUUAACACAGUAGUUUACAUCAUGAUAGAAAAACUGAUAAAAGUAAUGGUGGAUAUGCAUUCUUUUGCUCUGGUUGUUGUUGCCUUGUUGGUAGGAUGGAUGGUUGAAUUCAACAUUGUGAUGAGAAGUAAAUGGUCAAAUUAGACCUUUACUUUUAUCAGAACAUUUAUUUUCCCCCCCUUCUUUGCGCCAUUUAUUCCUGAAAAAUGAGAAUGGAUGGAUCUGCUAGUGGUUCUGAACCAGAAGAUCGAAAGCCUUGGAAGAUGACGCAUGCGUUGCAACUUUUGUGAUAUGAGUUUUGGUUAAAAAGAGAGGUGAAAAAAAGAGGGAAACAUAUGGAAACAUUGAUCUUCAAUUGACGUGUAAAGCAUUGAAGGACAAAGACUAGGUGGAUGAUUUUCUCGCAUGCAUUAUAAGGGCAAAUUUGUUUUUAUUAAAACGUUAUUCAUUUUGAAAAUUACAUGCUUAAUAGGGAUUUUGUCUGUUUAGAUGUCUGUAUUAGACAAACAAGCAUGUGGGUUGAUGGUUACUUUUUCCUCGUGAGGGAAUAAGUUCAUCUCCCAAACUUACUGGCAAACCAUGUGUUAGGAAAAAAAAAAUUCCCCGCCCUAAUUGAAGAACAUCC